AUGUAUGGCGGUUCGGGUGCCAUGUCGCCUGUCUCUGUCAAUGGAAGCGACUGGUCUGGCCUGAAUCAGCAUGCGAAGCCCGAGUCGCCCUUCUCGCCCACGUUCCCUCCAUCCCGACCGAAUCUAGCCACACCCCCGACCUCCGGCGUCUCCAGCGCACCCUUGAGUCCUAAUGGACCUCCUCCCUCCCUCUCGCCAUCCAACCUCAGCGGGAAUCCCUCCCCUCCCAGCUCGGUCGCCGCGAGAUCGAGUGUCGGGACCGUCGGAGAUGGGAAAACCGGAGAUGGCAAACCUAAGGAAGCCAAGGAACGGCCAUUAGACCCAAGACUCAUUCGCCAGAUGGAAGAGAUCAUUGGAAAACAAUACCUGGCCUUGACAAAUUUCCUCAACUUUACACCCCCCGGCGAAGACGAGAGGCCCAAAAACGCGAAAGACAAAUCAAGGCGCCUGUCAUUCCUUCAGUUCUAUGAGCUCUCGACGGACGUAUACGAUGAACUGACCCGGCGGCAGCAGGCCUCGCCGCCUCCUGGUCGACCGCCUCGCUCCGAUGUGCCUCCCUGUCUCCCUGCUCGCAGAGACUUCCACUCCAAACGCAACCAUGCCCGUGCAAGGCUCGCCAGCCUCCUCCACUCGAAGUUCCGCGUCUUGGUCAGUGAUGUUACCAAUGAGGUGGACCGCCGCUUCCCACAUUUCCGCCCUCGAGACCCCCAUAUGGGCAUGGGUCCCCCGAGCGCACGUACCUCACAUUCAUCACGGGGGCCACCUUCGCGCAUGGGACGGGGUUAUCCUUCUGGUGGACCGCCGGGUAGUCCGUUUCCACCGCGGACUGGCUCUCUGGGAGGACCACCCUCCGCGAACGGAGACGGUCCGUUCCCUCGGUCAUUCCAAAGCAACACGAUGGUUCCGAACAAAAGUACAAUGGUGGAAGACAGCGACGACAUGGGGCCGGAUGACGAUGACGAUGCCCGGAGCGAUGCGUUUGCCCUGGACGCCGUAUUGAGCCGACGGGGCACUGCGACAACCUUGGGUGACAGCGAGCGGAGAAUGCUGAUGGAAAGUCAGACGCAAGUAUCAGCCCUGCAAGACAAGAUCGGGAAGUUGGAGGCGUUGGUUCGCGCCAAAGAUGAGGAGCUCGCGCACUCGUCACAGGACGCGGACUCUUCCGGAAUCAGCCACAGCGAACGCCAGGAAUGGGAUGAGUUACGCCAUGACCUUGAAAGCAAGGUCACAAAGGCGGAGGAUCUGAACAGCUCGCUUCAGCUUGAGCUCGACCGCGUGCGAACGGAGCAUGAUACCAUGGAGCGGGAUCUCCGUAGCCAGCUUGAGGAGUCGUCUCGGACAGUUGCAGACGAGGGUCUUCAAGCCCGAUAUGAGGAAUUGGACCAUCAACAUCAAAGUUUGCAGGCAGAGCUGCAACAACAAAAACAAGUGACUGAUGAGGUUCGCCGAGAGGCAUCGGUCUUCCUCGAGGAGAUGAAAGCCCUCACAGCAGAGAGUCAUACCAAUUGGGCGCGCGAGGAACAACUCACCAAUGAGGUUCACAGACUCGAGGCGGAUGCCAACGAUUGGAAGCACCGCUAUGCCAAGGUUAAGGCGCAAAUGCGUCAUCUCCGUACAUCGUCCGGGGGUUUUGCGGACGCUCGUCCCGACGCCAGUGUCCUCACAAAAGAGCACGAGCUGGUGCAAUCCGAUGGGCUGGUCAAGGAUAUCCACGUAACAAAGUUCCAAAUGUCUGUUGACGAGCUGCUCCGUGUUGCUCGAUUUGAAGACUCCAGCCUUGUGCUUCAACAGAUCAAGAUGGUGAUUGUGACAGUUCGCCACAUCCUCCAGGACGUAAAUAACUCUCCACUGGAGGCGGAUGGAACAGCUGCCAUGCAAACCAAGGCCAAGGGCCAAGUGUCCACCACAGCAAACAACAUGAUCACCGCCACGCGCAAUUUCGCCAACUCUAGUGGACUGUCGCCAGUGUCACUUCUUGACGCGGCAGCCUCUCACCUUUGCACUGCUAUCAUCGAGCUGAUUCGGGUGGUCAAGAUCCAGGCAUCACCGGCUGAUGAGCUGGAGGAUGAAUAUGAUGAGGCGGACGUGUCACAAGAGCAAUUCCCCGACUACUUUGACACCUCUGCCAGCCAAAAGCGGAUGAGCAACAACUCUGUGUACAGUGCCAUGAGUCGUCCAGAUGAUGCUCAAUUCCCUGUGCAGAAUGGACCCUCCAAUGGCAUCAACAAUGGCUGGGGACAUGUGGAAGAGGAUCACGACGUAUUGGAGCUAAAGCUAUACGUCGAGGAUCAAACCGAUGGUAUGGUUCAGUCGAUCCAGUCAUUGGUCGCCAGUAUCCGAGCUGAAGAAAAGCUUCACACCGUGCAAACGCACGUCUCGGCCAUUCUCGGUGUCGUUGCAAACGUAGUCGGCUCUACGGAGCAUCUUAUGCACGAGCGCAGCGCAGACCUCGCUCUCCGUCAAGCUUCCGAACCCGCUAUCCUGGCUUUAGGCCAAUGUCGCACCCGACUCGAAGCUACAGUCAACGAGGGCGAAGACGCCAUGACUGCCGAGGAAUUGCGGGAGGUAACGAACAAGUUGCCUCCCAUUGCCUUUGAGAUUGCUCGACAGACUAAAGAUCUUGUUCAGCGCCUCGAAGCUACUUCUGUUGAGGAGGAUGAUUUCAGGUGA